GAAAGAAUUCAAAGUCAAGAUAUUAGUGAAUGAAUAGAAUUCUUGUUGAAUUGUCAUGAAAUAGGCUCUUUUAUAAUGAAACUCAUUAUGAAAUUUGAGAAAUGAAAAAAGUCUUUAAAAUAUAUCAACUAUAUAUCGAUUAAUUAUAAUAUAUUAUUGACAUAUCUGCUUCCAGAAAUAGAGAUUUUUUAAAUGCUUAUAUUGGAUAGGAUAUGCUACCCUAAAACAAUUUUGAGGACAAAUAAUAAUAAAACUAUCAAACAUCCAAUAAAUUUGAAGUCCAAUUUUAAGUCCAUACAUACAAUAGUUAAGUAAAGAAUGAAUUAAAUUACGUAGGGGACAUCAAUGGAAUAGAUGUAAUCAGUGUAAUAUUACUAUAUCAUAAAAAGAGUAGGGAUUAAAAUAAACAAUAUUAAGUUGAGUGUUUUUUGA